GUUUCCGAAACUCACUUCGUCUGCCCUCGGACUCCACUCAGUUGUCCAGAUGGUUUUCAGAUCGCCGCUCGACUUUUUCUCAGCCUCCCGUCUCCUCUUGCCGCACUUGGCGGAUGCGCCCUCCAUCCUGUCUCGCUCCCGGUCCCCGGAGGACCCUCCCUCCGCCUGCCCUCCCACGACUUUCCCGGGACUGUGCUUCUCGGCCGCACAGAUCGCCGCCGUGUGUGAGACUCUGGAGGAGACCGGAGACAUCGAGCGACUGGCCCGCUUCCUCUGGUCGCUCCCGGUGACCACAGACGGCCGCGACUCAAUCUCUGAGCACGAGUCCGUGCAGCGGGCUCGCGCCGUGGUGGCCUACCACACCGGGAGUUUCCGCGAGCUGUAUCACAUCCUGGAGACGCACCGCUUUACGCGUGCCUCGCACGGUAAACUGCAGGCGAUGUGGCUCGAAGCUCACUACCGGGAGGCAGAGAAGCUGCGGGGGCGGGCGCUCGGACCGGUGGACAAGUACCGCGUGAGGAAGAAGUUCCCGUUACCAAGGACCAUCUGGGACGGAGAGCAGAAGACGCACUGUUUCAAGGAGCGCACGCGGGGGCUGCUGAGAGAGUGGUACCUGCAGGACCCGUACCCGAACCCCGGGAAGAAGCGGGAGCUGGCGCACGCCACCGGGCUGACACCGACUCAGGUUGGGAACUGGUUCAAAAACCGGAGACAGAGAGACCGGGCGGCAGCAGCCAAGAACAGGUUGCAGCACCACCGGAUGUGUCCUGACGGUCCACGUGCACUUAGUGGAGGAGAGUGCAGUCCAGACGGGAGUGCAGAGCGCGCGGAUGGACAAACUCUUCUCUCAGUAACCGACAGUGACUCUGACUUGGAUGUGUGAGACUUUUCAUCUGUGAAAUGGACCUUUAGAGGCCUGUGAUGGCCCGCCGUGGAUUACCGGAGAGAGGAGCAUGAUGUACGGUCAGGGUUUGGGUUGCAAUAAACUUUCAGGGCAUAAAACAGUUUUCAUCCUAGAUAUAACUCCAGAUCAUGUAAACGCAAGUUACGUGGAUAUUUGGUCUUUUUCUUUUGUUUCCUGAGAUUAUAAGAGAUAAUAUAAAAGAUUUAUGAUUUCCGUUUCCUGCAUUCUGGUGAUUUCCAGCUGCACCUCAGACCCACAGAUUUUUGUUUCCAACCACAUAACUGGAUGGUGACAGUGCACAUGUGUUGACCCAGCUUGCACCAUCGACCUAAUUAAAAAUACAAAAAGCUGUGGACCCCUGUUGGACUUUCACUCAGGGACCCCCACAUAAUAAUUUUCUCUCAUUUUAAUGGAACUAGUUGUUUUUUUAGAAGCCCCUGAAGGACCCCUGGAUGUCCACUGCUUUAGACAAUCAAUACACACUGAAGGCUACCUCCCUGUCUGUUUGUUUGUAAGUUCAUGAUUUUUUUUGUUUUUUUGUUUCUUUGUUUCUUUACCUCCAUUUCUACUUUAUUUAAAGUUCACAGAGUUCACUGUUCAGUCUGUGUGUGA